AUGAAAUCCCCUGUCGUUGGAGCUGCGGCUUUGCUUCUCCUCAGCACUUUUACAAAGGCUCAGAAUUCGUCCUCAAACGUCCCUGUCAUCGAUCUCGGGUAUGUGAAAUACAGUGGCCAUCAGAAUGCCACCGCAGGCAUCAACUACUACCGUGGCAUCCGUUAUGCUGCCGCCCCUACAGGUGAACUGCGCUGGGCGAAACCUGUGCCAAUUGAGUCUAUGAACAACUAUAACGGCCAGACCAUCAAUGCUUCGACCCUUGGCCCGGCAUGCUAUCAGUCGUCUGCGAGGUCUACUUAUGCUACUCCUUCGGCUCCACAGGGGCAGUCAGAGGAUUGUCUGCUCCUCGAUGUGCUCGUGCCGUCCAAGCCUGUCUCAACAGCCUUGCCUGUACUCUUUACCAUACAUGGCGGUGGCUACGUUGGGGGCAGCGCUCCGUUCUCUUAUCCAGGAGAUGCCCUGGUCAAUCGGUCUGACGGCAACAUCAUCUUCGUGGGUAUUCAAUAUCGUCUGGGAAUGUUCGGAUUCAUGGGCGGAGACACCAUUGCUGAGAAUGGUGCGCUGAACGCCGGUCUGCUUGAUCAGCGAGCUGCCAUGGACUGGGUCCAGCGGAACAUCCGUGCCUUCGGUGGUGAUCCAGGGCGUGUCACCAUUUGGGGAGGCUCGGCAGGUGGAGGCAGCGUAUCAUGUCAGCUCAUCGCCAAUAGUGGUUCCGAUUUCCCUCCUUUCGCGGCCGCAAUCGCAGAUCAUCCCUGGUGGCAACCCUUUGCCAACAAGAGCACCCAGAACACCCAAUUCAAUACAGCUCUGAAGCUGUCAAACUGCACGGACAUCAAUUGCCUUCGAGGACUGUCUUCUACUACGCUGGGAAACCUGAACCAGGCAGUGAUAAAUGCAACGUACCCGGGGCCCGACAAUGCAUAUGGUGUCUACUACUGGGGGCCAGUGGUGGAUGGGAAGUUUAUCCGCGAUCUGCCUGACCAAGAAUUUGCAAAGGGCAACUUCUACAAGGUGCCCUUGAUCACCAACCGCGAUGCUUUUGAAGGAUAUACCUUCUCGAACAUGACCCAAACGUCGCAGGUGGACGAAACGAUUGAUGCCAAAGACCUCUUUCCCUCGGCCGGACCGUCAUUUUUCUCGCGUCUCUACUCGCUCUAUCCUCGCAGCGACUUCAACAGCACCUUCUACCAGCGGCAGACCUGGUUCGGGGACUUUAUCAUCAAUUGCCCGACAUACUACAUGGCUUCGUCCAUGGUUGACUCGCUUUCCAACAACUCUGCAGUGUUUAAGCUGACGUUCGCCGCCGGAAGCGAGCUCCAUGGCGCGACCAAUCCGUUCAUCUCGUCCAAUGUGACCAACUACCCCGGCGCGAACAACCUGACCCUGGCGCAUAUCAUGACCAGCUACUGGGUGAGCUUCACCGUCUUCCACGACCCGAACCCCUUGCGCACUGCCGGCGCGCCGUAUUGGCCGAGUUAUAUCUCGGGAGCGCCGGGAACGACGGCCAAUGGUGAAGGUGUCGGCUUCACGAUCCAGGCUGUCACGUACAACAGUAUCAGCGCGACGCGCGAUCCCGAUGCGGCGGCGCAGUGUGACUUUUUCAACUCCCGGGGAUGGCAGAUCUGGAAUUAG